AUGAGGGCCCCGGCAAUUCUGCUGUCCCUGUUCCUUGGUGCCCUGGCCCAGCAUGGGUCCCACUGGACCUACUACGAGGGGGCGCUGGACCAGAAAUACUGGCCGGACCACUACGCAGCCUGUGGUGGGCAGAGGCAGUCACCCAUCAACGUGCAGAGGAAGAUGGUGCGGUAUAACCCUGCCUUGAAGGACCUGAAACUGACAGGCUAUGAGGCUCAGGAGGGCGAGUUCCCCAUGACCAACAAUGGCCACACAGUGGAGAUCAAACUACCCCCCACCAUGCGUAUGAUGACCACUGAUGGCACCGAGUACAUCGCCGAGCAGAUGCACUUCCACUGGGGCGGUGGGUCCUCGGAGAUGAGUGGCUCUGAGCAUACCAUCGACGGGAUCAGGUCUAUGAUCGAGAUUCAUGUUGUUCACUACAACUCAAAAUACAAGAGCUAUCAUGUAGCCAAAGAGGCCCCCAAUGGUUUGGCUGUAAUGGCAGCCCUCUGUGAGGUCCAGGAGAAUGGUGAAAACACUUAUUACAGUGAGUUCUUUUCCCACUUGCAGAACAUCAGAUAUCGAGGACAAAGAACAACUCUGACUGGCCUUGACAUUCGAGACAUGCUGCCUGUGAACCUCAACAGUUACUACACCUACUGGGGUUCACUCACCACUCCUCCCUGUACUGAGAACGUCCUCUGGUUUCUGCUGGCAGAGCCUGUUAGGCUUUCCAGGACACAGAUUUGGAAGCUAGAGAACUCCUUGUUGGAUCACCAGAACAAGACCCUCCACAAUGAUUAUCGCAGGACCCAACCCUUGAACAACAGGGUGGUAGAAGCUAACUUCAAUUAUUUUUCUAAUCCAUGUGAGUGA